AAUGCGCAGGCGCAGCCCUGGCACCCUGCCUUCUCAGCUUUUUGCUCCCUAACUUUUGGGGAGCGGGAAGACCCGGGUGGACCAGUUCCGGGUUACCCAGCUUGGGAGUUUGGGGAGGCAAUGUGCGCAUGUGCAACAAAAGAGGCGGGGCAGGAGCCCCGGGCCCCAGUGGAACUGCUUGUGGUGCGGAAGGGGCUUCCUCCGUGUGAUUCUAUGUCUGUCCAUCACCUUAAAGGACUACAGAAAAGGGCCAGCGCGGAAGUGCAUGGCUCUGUCUAGAGCAGGAGCCAUGGCGGGGCUUUCCACACCGGAGACCGGAGGCCGCUGGGGGAGGGGUGGCGGACACAGGAGGGGGCGGGGCUGGUCCAGGCUCUUCCCGAAAGGCGAAGUUCAGCCAAGAACUCGCCAGGGAGGAAGCAGCCUACCGGAACCUGGUCCGGGGCUUUGGGGGAUUCAUCUGCCCACGUGCCAAAGAAGGACCCCCGAUCGCGGCCCUGAGGAAAUGCCCCAACCCGAUGCCCUCCGUUCCCCAGGAACCCCUCCCCCCUGCAGUCUCCCCCAAUCCAGCCCGUGCAGCUUCGGAAUGGAAGGAAGCCAAAGAUGGCACCAGAGGGGGCGGGGCUUCUUCCCGGCCGGUUCAAGGCCCUUCCCAGCCUGAGGCUCCUUGUUCCCCCCUGAGGCCAGGGAAGGCCUGGGAGCCCCUCUGAGCCCUCCCCUUCUUUCCCCCUAGACACACACCGAGGACGUCUCCCCCCUCGGGGCUGCCACCCCCUGAAGCACCCCAGGGUGGCCCCGCAGAGAGCCCACAGCCAGAGGAAUGGCCCCCGGGACCCCGAGGUCCCCUUCCCAGGAAGGGUGCCCAGAGCCGGGGCAGGUGUUUGCGGGUAUCUGACGGGUCAUUCCAGGCUGCAGGGUGCAAAGGAGGGCAGCAGGCAGGCGGGCAGAGGGCUUUGGUCAGAGUCGGAGCCUUGAUCGAGACCAGCACAAGGUAAGAGGAGAGAAUGGAUGGAGUCCUGCAGAGCUCCCAGACUCCCUCCGGAGGCCGGAGGAGCCUGUCUGGGCCGGAGUCCUCCGGGAGCUCGAGGUUGGCCUAAAUCCUCCCAGGCUCGAAGGGCCCCCAGACAGGCUGAGCUUGUCUCCUGGACCUCCUCAGGCCAGCGAGUCCCGCCAUUCCCAGGGAGCCCGGCUCCUCCUGCAGGGCCUUCAGCCUCCCCAGAGGAGGACACGGCUUAUUCCUUGAGCAGAAGCCUUUGAUGUCAUGAAUUGGCUUUUAUGUAUUUAUUUUUAAUCCUCGCCUUGUGUCUUACAAUCAACACUGUGUAUUGCUUCCAAGGCAGAAGAGCAGUAAGGACUCUUCCAGGGUCACCCAGCUGGGAAGUGUCUGAGGUCAAAUUUGAACCCAGGGCCUCCAUCUCUAGGCCUGGCUCUCCAUGCACUGAGCUACCCAGCUGCCCCCAAAUUGGUUUAAUAUCCUAAGUGCAGCCUCCAUCCCUUCCAACCCUGCAGCCCACGUGCUACUCUUCUAAUGGAUGUCUGCUCCACAGUUAGGGUCCUGCCGGGGUCUCACUCCUUCUGGAAAUUGUGAUCACGGUGACGUCUCUAGAGACUCAUACGUGGGUCCUGGACACCCCCCCCCCCAUCACCCCACUCUUAUCAGAUUUGCUGACGGGGUCCGAGCCCAGACUAAUGAGACUCUAGUGAGGAGACUACGAGAGCAGCUUCUAGUCCUUUCAGCUUUCCUGAGAGUAGAGCAGAGCUGGACAUCUCCUGCAUCCCUUCGAGCCAGAGGAAAGAAGACUUCGAGCAGCUUUUAACAGUGAACAAUUCAGCUGAAGGAAAAGAGAUGGGAAAGGAGGAAAUCUAGAGAAGAGGAAAGAGAUCACCCACGUGGUGGCCUACAAACAUACCCACAAUUCCUAAUGAAGGCCUGCAAUUGCUGCCAACCCUCCUCUGUCUUCUCAGGCCAGGGCCUUCUGCCUGGCACACCAGGCCUCCUCCCCUGGGCUCUGUGGAGAAACGCCUGCAGUCAUGGACAGCCAGCACUCCCUCCCUCCUUCCUUCAGGCCCAAUUCUGUGGCAGCCCAACUGUGAGCCGCUCCUGGCCUCAGAGACAGACUGCUGCUCCCUGGACAUCCCAGAGGCCAAAGCCCUCUAAGGCCAAAGCCCAAAGCCCUCUGGGUAAGCUCGGGCCCACCUUCAGAGAAACGCCGACCCCCACUGCCAGCAACCAAGCCCCAACACCCAGCUCCCUCCCAGCAGCCACCUGCCCCCAACUGCCAACCUGAACUGCCCACAACUGACCCCCAACUGCCAGCUUAACUGCUGACCUGCACCUCCCGCUGGCUGGGCAGGGGCUCCCCGUGCCUGCUUCCUGUCUCUGUGGGCUGCCUAAUCCCUCCACAUGUCUAGGAAUCUCCCACCUCAUUAAGACAGCACUUCCCAUCUUCCUGAUUCCAUAGGGAAAAGUAUUUCAGAGUAAGACACUUUUCCAGGUUUUACUCUUCCAAUAUGAUUUUCACUUCAGACACAAAAAAAUGACUUUGUCAGUAUUCCAUUGGGCUCUGCUUGAUCUCCAGUGCUGGCUCUGACACUCUUCAAGGGGUCAAUAACAUUCAAGGAUGUGGCUGUGGACUUCACCCGGGAGGAGUGGCGCCUCUUGGAUCAUUCUCAGAAAGAGCUGUACACGGAAGUCAUGCUGGAGAAUGUGCAGAAUCUACUCUCUGUGGGACUUCCAGUUCUUAGAGAAAAUUUUAUCUCCUGUUUUCAGCAAGGGGAAGCACCAUGGCAGCUAGAGCAAAAAGACCCAAGGAGCUCUUGUCCAGAAUCAGAGACUACUUCUGAAGUGAAGAUGUUUACAAAGUUGAGUCUUUUCAUGGAUAGAUGUGGUCCCCAAAGAUGUAUGAGUGAGGAGGCCCAUGACUUCAUUUUAAGAGAAAUCUGUGAUUCUAAUAUCAAGGUAAAUAAAAAUUCAAAGGGUGAUUGUGAAUGUGAUGAGACUGCAGCAGAGAACUGCAGCCAACAUUCACUACUAAAUCAGUAUACAAAAUUGGCUACAGGAAAUGACUGUUGUCAGGAUAAUGAAUACAGAAAAUGCUUUCCUGAAGAAGUAGGGCUUGUUCAGUCACCUGAGAAAAUUCUGGAAAUGUCCAUGUAUGAAGGUAACCUAGGGGGAAUGGACUUUGGUUUGGGUUUAGACCUCAUUAGACAUCCAAAAAGGAAACGUGUAGAGAUGAUUUCUGUGAGUGAUAAAGAUGGGAGACCCUUUAGUCAGAAGUCUGAUCUUGGUUCACAUCUAAUAAUCCAGUCUGGAGAGAAACCUUAUGACUGUAAACAUUGUGGAAAGGCUUUCACAAUGAGGGGCAAUCUUGCUGCACAUCAGAGAAUUCACACUGGAGAGAAACCUUAUGAAUGUAAACAGUGUGGAAAGGCUUUUACAUGGAAGAUCUCUCUUGCUGCACAUCAGAGCAUUCACACAGGAGAGAAACAUUAUGAAUGUAAACAAUGUAGAAAGACUUUCACAUGGAAGGUCUCUCUUGCCAGACAUCAGAGAAUUCACACCGGAGAGAAACCUUAUGGAUGUAAACAUUGUGGAAAGGCUUUCACACAGAGGGGGCAUCUUGCUAGACAUCAAACAAUCCACACUAGAGAGAAACCUUAUGAAUGUAAACAACGUGGAAAGGCUUUCCCAAGUAGGUACCAUCUUUCCAGACAGCAGAUAAUCCACUCUGGAAAGAAACCUUAUGAAUGUAAGCAAUGUGGAAAGGCUUUCAUGAGUAGGUACCAUCUUCCCAGACAUCAGGGAAUCCACACUGGAGAGAAAUCUUGUGAAUGUAAACAGUGUGAAAAGGCUUUCACACAGAGGGGGCAUCUUGCUACACAUCGGAGAAUCCACUCUGGAGAGAAACCUUAUGAAUGUAAGCAGCAUGGAAAGGUGUUUAUAUGGAAGACCUCUCUUGCUGCACAUCAGAGAAUCCACACUGGAGAGAAACCUUAUGAAUGUAAACAAUGUAGAAAGGCUUUCACAUGGAUGGUCUCUCUUGCUGAACAUCAGAGAAUCCACACUGGAGAGAAACCUUAUGAAUGUAAACAAUGUGGAAAGACUUUCACAAGGAGGAGCCGUCUUGCUGCACAUCAGAGAAUCCACUCUGGAGAGAACCUUUAUGAAUGUAAACAGUGUGGAAAGACUUUCACAGAGAGGGGCAGUCUUGCCAGACACCAGACAAUCCACACUGGAGAGAAACCUUAUGAAUGUAAACUGUGUGGAAAGGCUUUCACACAGGGGGGAAAUCUUGCCAGACAUCAGAGAAUCCAUUCUGGAGAGAAACCUUAUGAAUGUAAACAGUGUGAAAAGGCUUUCACACAGAGGGGCUCUCUUGCUGUACAUCAAAGAAUCCACUCUGGAGAGAACCUUUAUGAAUGUAAACAGUGUGGAAAAGCUUUCACAGAGAGGGGAAACCUUGCCAGACAUCAGACAAUCCACACUGGAGAAAAACCAUUUGAAUGCAAACAGUGUGGAAAGGCUUUCACACAGAGGGGAAAUCUUGCCAGACAUCAGAGAAUUCACUCUGGAGAGAAACCUUAUGAAUGUAAGCAGUGUGAAAAGGCUUUCACACAGAGGGACUCUCUUGCUAAGCAUCAGAGAAUCCAUUUUGGAGGGAAACCUUUUUUUGUUGAGUGAAAAAUUAAUGUGUUAUUCUCAAAGUAAUAGUUGUUGACAUCUAAGUUAGUAAAGCUGGUGUCCCUGCAUUUCCCUCCUUCAAGUCUCUUCCCAUUAAUCUCCCUUCUAGAGAAGAUUACUCCAUUCUCCACCCUUCUUACAGGAAGAAAUCUUUACAGCCUGUAAAUAUUUAAACCCUUAAGUACCCUUUUUUUGUCUUAGAAGUCCUUCCCAUUGAAUCAAAGGCUUCCCCCUGGUAGUCAUGCCCAAUGGUUGGAACCUCCAGAUAACCCAUUCUGAAGAACUUUUGGUAUCUGACUCCAACUUCCUGAUCAUUUCUUUAAAAUGUUAACUUGCUUAAAUGUAUCCACUGUGAAACUAUUCUUUGUAUCCAUUGUAAAGCUAUUCAACUUCAUAUUCCUGUCCUUUAUUUUUGGAUUUCAACCAUUGUAAAAAUGUUAUAAGCACUUCAGAGAGGCUUGAUUAUAUCAGCAUUCUUCUAUAAAUAAGGGAUUUUUUCCUGUGAAUUUUGGGCGUAUUUGUCUUACAACAAUGAUUUUAGAUAGUGUUCCACAUUUUCUUUCUCUCAAUAAAGCAUUGCAUCUUAA